AUGUCAGACCCCCAGAAAAUAGAUCCGCCUAAUAGAGCGUUUUACAGCGAAGUUCCGGGUAUGGACCCAACAUCGAUCAUGAGGAGGAAGUUAGCAGAAGAGAAUAGUGAUGAAGAAAAAAAGAAAAAGUUAAAAUACCAAGAAGACCUACUCAAACAAAUAAAUUUGAAAGAAGAAGAGAAACGUAAGAAAAAAGAACUUGAGAAAAUGGAAGAGGAGCGGCAGAAGAUACAAGAGGAGUUUAGACUAAUGAAGGCUAGAGAAGAACAGAAAGAUAAGAACAGAAAUAAAAAUGCAGACAAAGAUCAAGAACAGUUAGAAAAAGAAAAGGUCUUAGCUCUAAGACAUCAGCAGGAACUUGUAAAUCAGAUUUUAAAUAUGCAGAUUAAGAUGAAAAACGACUUUCAAGCCCGCGAGAAAAUGUUGGAAUUAUCUGAAGAAAUGGAAAAUCUGAAAAUGAAUGAAGAAAGAAGAAAACGAUAUUUAAUGGAAGAAGAAAUAAGGAAGGAAAGAGCGAAAUACGUGAAUGCCACCAAUACGUCAUCAGUCGCCAAAACGGAAGACAUUGAAAAUGAGCAUUGCAGAUAA